GUGUGUGUGUGUGUGCAAUGGAUGCAACCAUCUUCCAGAUCGAAUUUCUUUCUAGUUGAAAAAUGGCGCCGUCUCCCUUGAUCCUGGUGGUCGCUGCUGCCUCCUUUCUCGCCGUUGCUCUCUCUCAUUUGGAUGACCAUUGGAGUGGGCCGGGCUACGGGUACACGCCUGGGAGCUGGGACGGCCCAGAGAACUGGGGCAAGCUGAGCCCGAAAUACAGGCUUUGCGGCGAGGGCAAGAAGCAGUCCCCGAUCAACAUCGUGACGGCCCAGGCCAUCCCAAACCCUAACUUGGAUACGCUCGCCCGCGUCUACGCCGCCUCCAACGCCACCCUCAUCAACACCGGCAAGGAUAUCACCAUGACCUUCCCAGACAAUCAACAGGUCGGCACCAUCAACAUCACCAGCGCCGCCGACGGCUCCAAGAAGGUCUUCACCUUCAAGGUGAUCCACUGGCACUCGCCGUCGGAGCACACCAUCGACGGGCGGCGGUUCCCUCUGGAGCUCCACCUGGUCCACGUCAGCGACAACGGCGACAUCGCCGUCAUCGGGAUCCUCUACAGUCUCGGCGAGCCGGACUCGUUCUACGACCAGAUCGCCGACAAGCUCCGGGAGCUGAGGAGGUCCGAGUCCCACGGCGUGGUGGCAGCUGGCAUGGUGGAGCUUCGGUCGUUGCAGAAGCGGACGGGGAGCUACUUUCGCUACUCAGGCUCGCUAACCACGCCGCCGUGCACGGAGAAGGUGACGUGGAACAUCCUCGGCAAGGUCAGGGAGAUCAGCGCCGAGCAGCUGCAGCUCCUCACCGGCGCGCUGCCGGGGAAGGACAACCGCCCGGCGCAGCCGCUCAACGGCCGCUCCGUCGCCUUCUACAACCCGCCAAACAGCACCGUCUCCUUCCAAUCCAUCGCCUAGCUUUCCUUUUCUUUCUUACAAGAUCUAGAUCUUGGUGUUGUUUCUUUCUUCAUGGCUUUAUAUACACAACUUAAUUUCCUCUCGUGUUCUAAGUGUUGUAUCUAAAGAAAUAGACUAUGUUCAAUCUUAAUUAGGGCUGUCCACUUCAUUGCUGCGUCGUGGUUCCUGUUUCUCAAUGGACAAAAAUAAAUAUACCUUACCUUCUUCCUC